GAGGCUGUGUUUGGAAGUAGUCUGUAUGUGUUAGAGUUGGUAUUUAUUUGCUGUCUUUGUGUGGAGAGUCUAGCACAUCCACUAUGUCGCUCUCUCUGUUGCUGCUGCUCGUCUGCAGCGCCCAGGCUUCUCAUUUUUAUGGAACAGUGAUGACUUACUACCCAAAAAACACUGACACAAGUGGAUCCAUCACGGCGGUCCUUCGCUAUAAGGUCAACUUCCACACUUGUACCAAUACCUCGUGGGCCUGCAGCAGUGGUGAUUGUGGGAGCCAGAUUUCUUUAGUGCAAAACACAGUGGACCAGGAGAGCAGUGGAGAGUGGUGUCAGACAGAGGGAAUCAUGACUCGCCAGGUUCCCAGCAACGCCCAGUUCCAGCUGCAGUUCUCUAGUGGUAACUGGAUAGAUAACAUACAGAGCAUUUUUUCGUGGAGUGCUGUGACCCUGGUGGAACUAAGGAACCGGUCAGACAUCGGCCGAGCCAACACAUCCCCCCAGACCACCAUCCUGCCACUCCUGAUAGUUCCUUCAAACUGUCAGAGAGAUUUCAACCUGUUGGCGUUUGACCCGGAUGGAGAUGAGGUUAGAUGCAGAUAUGGAAACGCGACACAGUUUGAGUGUGCCACCUGCACACCGCCGUCUGUUCUCAAUCUCUCAUCAUCCUGUACUCUGUCAUUCAGCCCCACCCUGAGCAGUAACGAAGGUGCGUACGUCAUACAGCUGGUGAUGGAGGACUUUCCCCGGCAGACUAUCACCCUGACGCAAACCAACGGGGCGCAGACGAUCAUAACUACCAACAAUUCUAUCAGCAAAAUACCUGUUCAGUUUGCUUUAAGGGUGGGCCCUGCAGUGCCAUCUUGCACAGAGGGACUCUAUCUGCCCAAGUUCCUGCCUCCAACCCCAGCCAACGGAGCUCAGCUGUACACCCGUGUCAAUCAGGUCCUGGAAAUCAACAUCAGCGUAGUAGCAAAUAUCUCCACAUUAGAGCUCCUGUUCAGUGGGCCCUACAACGUAAUCCAGAAUACAUCAGUAACGGGACAGUACACUUUGAAAUGGACGCCGUCUGGAAACGAAGAUGGAGAAAGCCACCCCAUCUGUUUUGUCAUACAGGCAGUUUUCAAUUCGGUCAAAUACCACUCUGAGCUCCGAUGUGUCAUUGUGAUUGUUGGAAACGACCCAACCACCCUAAGCCCAACAACUAUCCCACUGACCACAACAACCAUCACAACACCAACCCCACAAACUACAACCACACUUCCCUGUUGA